AUCUUUAGCAAUACAAGAGUUUAAUAAUCUUAUAAAAGAUUUUAUAGUAAAAUAUACUCCAAAUUGUGUUACUGGUCAAGAACCAGCAUGCAAAAAAGUUCAGAAAAGAAAGGUUCUGGUCGAAUCAAAUAAUAUACAAGAUCAUUUUAACAAUUUAGAUGAUUUUAACAAUUUAAAUAAUUUUGACAAUUCUGAUGAGUUUAAUAAUUAUAAUUCAGAUUAUACUCAAAACUAUGAUAAUAUUAAGAAUAUAGAUUUAUUUUUAAUUCAGAAUUUUAUUGUUUGUUCAAAAAAAG